AUGGAAAAUCCAUCUCUACAUAUUGUCAGACAGUAUUUCAUGCCGGGUAAAGCAGAAAAGCUUUCUGAUUCAGACAUAUCUUUUAUACUAAUGGAAGCAAAAAACAAAUUAAGUAAAGAUCCAACAGUAUAUCAUUUAAAAUCCCCACUUAUUGUUGUAGGUGACCUUCAUGGCAAUCUCAAAGACCUAUUACACAUAUUUCAGACUGCAGGAACACCUCCUGAACAUAAAUUUUUGUUUUUAGGGGAUUAUAUAGAUCGCGGCCCACAAAGUGUUGAGUUGCUUCUACUGUUAUUCUCAUUAAAAGUUUUAUACCCAGAUAACAUUUUUCUACUUCGCGGGAACCAUGAAACCAUCAAUUUUGCAGAACCAACUGAUUUCACCAAAGAAUGCAAAGCGAAGCUCUUUUCUUCAGCUCUAAUCUUAAUAUCAGAAGUAUUCGAUGAAAUGCCUAUUGCUGCACUAGUAGAUGAGAAAAUUUGGUGUAUUCAUGGUGGACUCAGUCAAGGCUACACUAAAAUCUCCCAAAUUCAAUCAAUAAAGCGCCCACUAAAGACACCAGAAAACGGUUACUUAGUAGACUUACUCUGGUCUGAUCCGAACUGUCAAGUUCAAGAAUGGGGUCCGAAUCAGAGAGGAAACACGGUCGUUUGGGGAGCGAAAGCUGCAAAAAAGUUCAUGGAAGAAAACUCGAUCUCCUAUAUUAUUAGAGCUCAUCAAGCUGUUUUUGAUGGCUUUAAAUACGCUUUCCCUCCUGAUAAAUCAGUAGUAACCUUGUACUCAUCGUCAUUCUCAACUAAUGGAACUCCUAAUAAGGCUGCUUAUUGUAGUUUAUCACCAGGAAAUCCUCCUAAAUUUACGCAAUUAUUCAAACUAGCUAAUAACACAUCUUUCAACAUUUAUUGGAAAGAUGGACAUCAAAGAAUCUAA